GUCAACGAUCGCUACCUUGUCCACUCGCUCUGCCGUGCGAGAAGUGCGCGAGUGAAAACGUGGAUAUAUCUCAUAUGAAAGCAUCUCAAAGUAUCAGAGAAUAGGGUUAGUCUCCAAAGAAGCCGACAGUCUGUUGAGUCCGGUGCUGUCUCCAAAUUAACAAUCGAGGUGCUUGUUAUUGUCCAACGCCAAACAUACCAGGAUGAGUGGAAUACUCAAGAUAUCGUGUCUACUUGCAAGACAACCCACUCGAACAGUGAAUAAAUUGGGAAUAUCUGUAGCCACGAAUCGUAAAUUUCACUACACCCCCGAUGGAAAAUUUGCAAGUGUCUCCGAGGGAAUUUCAAAGCAGUAUCCAGUUGUUGAUCAUACGUAUGAUGCUGUUGUCGUUGGAGCUGGUGGUGCUGGGCUGCGUGCAGCGUAUGGUCUUGUUGCUGAGGGCUUUAAAACGGCUGUCAUCACUAAACUAUUCCCCACGAGAUCUCACACUGUUGCUGCACAAGGCGGUAUCAAUGCUGCAUUGGGUAAUAUGGAGGAGGACAAUUGGCAAUGGCACAUGUAUGAUACGGUCAAGGGGUCAGACUGGCUUGGAGAUCAGGACGCCAUUCAUUAUAUGACCAGGGAGGCACCCAAGGCUGUCAUCGAGCUUGAGAAUUGCGGAAUGCCGUUCAGUCGUACCUCAGACGGAAAAAUCUAUCAACGUGCCUUCGGUGGUCAGUCCCUGAAAUUCGGUAAAGGAGGUCAGGCUCACAGAUGCUGCUGCGUGGCAGACAGAACAGGUCACUCACUGCUGCACACGCUGUACGGCCAGUCCCUGAGCUACGACUGCAAUUACUUUGUGGAGUACUUCGCCCUGGAUCUGCUGAUGGAAGAGGGUGAGUGCCGGGGGGUGAUAGCACUGUGCCUGGAGGACGGUUCAAUCCACCGAUUCAAAUCCAAGAAUACAGUCCUGGCAACUGGUGGUUAUGGUCGUGCCUAUUUCUCCUGCACAUCCGCCCACACGUGCACAGGCGAUGGUACAGCAAUGGUGACGCGAGCAGGUCUGCCAAAUCAGGACUUGGAAUUCGUUCAGUUCCACCCAACAGGCAUUUACGGUGCAGGAUGUUUAAUCACUGAGGGUAGCCGUGGAGAGGGUGGAUACCUGGUGAACAGCGAGGGUGAGCGUUUUAUGGAGCGUUAUGCACCGGUGGCAAAGGAUCUCGCCUCUCGAGAUGUUGUCUCCAGAUCGAUGACCAUUGAGAUACGAGAGGGUCGUGGAGUUGGCCCUGAGAAGGAUCACAUUUAUCUUCAACUCCACCAUUUGCCCCCAGAGCAGCUAGCAGCUAGGCUCCCAGGAAUAUCUGAAACUGCCAUGAUUUUUGCUGGUGUAGAUGUGACUAGAGAGCCUAUCCCAGUUCUACCCACCGUCCACUACAAUAUGGGAGGUGUUCCAACGAAUUACAAGGGACAAGUUCUGACGUGUAAGAAUGGAGAGGAUGCAGUUGUCAGGGGACUGUAUGCCUGUGGUGAGGCUGCAAGUGCCUCUGUUCAUGGCGCUAAUCGUCUAGGUGCUAAUUCUCUUCUGGAUCUCGUGGUAUUUGGACGUGCUUGUGCCAAGACCAUUGCUGGAGAGAACAAACCAGGAGAGAAAAUUGGUAAUCUGAGUACACACGCUGGUGAAGCCUCUGUGGCGAAUCUCGACAAAGUCAGACACUCGAAUGGUUCUAUUUCGACAGCUGAAUUAAGACUGAGUAUGCAGAAAACAAUGCAGACACAUGCAGCUGUGUUUCGAGAGGAGGCAACCCUCCAGGAAGGAUGUCGCAAAAUGUCCGAUCUAUUCAAUAAGCAGAAAGAUAUUAAAAUCACUGAUAGAUCUCUCGUGUGGAAUUCCGAUCUGAUCGAGACUCUUGAACUUCAGAAUUUAAUGCUCAAUGCCAUGCAGACGAUAUAUGCAGCUGAAAAUAGAAAGGAGAGUCGUGGCGCACAUGCCAGAGAAGAUUUCAAAAACAGGGUCGAUGAGUUAGAUUACAGCAAGCCACUUGCUGGCCAGCAACCCAAACCUGAUGAUCAACACUGGAGAAAGCACACCCUCACGACGAUGACCAAUGAUAAAGUCAUGAUCAAUUACAGACCGGUGAUAGACAGUACACUCGAUGCUCAGGAGUGUGCGACAGUUCCUCCGGCUAUUCGUUCGUAUUAAAUUAUGAAAAUAGUCUGAGAGUUCCUAUUUUCACUGUAGAUAAAACAAAAACACCACAGGGUGUAAAAUACCAAACGCAUGGUCCCACUCUCACUAAAACACCACUUUUGUUUACGGAGAAAUAGUCAGUCUCUCUGAUAAAAAUUCUUUGUCUACAUUUAUCCCGAAUUUUUUUCUGUUUUUCUCAAGUUAGUGAAUACACUUGAUGCAUUAUGAGACAAAUGAUGCCCGAGAUUAGUCAAGCUAUCGAUCUCAUAAAAUAUUUCUUAGUAUUCGUAAGAGAGUAUUAAGGGAUUCUCUGUCUCUUUCUUGUACUUAACAACAACGUAGCUAAGAUCAUUAAGUUAUUCAGAUUCAAAAGGAGAACGAGGAGAGAUAUUAAUAUAAAUAGAAACCAUUGAUUGAGAGUUUAUGAUUUCUCAGUAUUUUGGGAAAAUAUUUGUCUCGAGAUAUUUAUACAGAUGAUAGUCCUACUACGCUGUUGUAACCGUUACUGCUACACUAGAGAGUGUUUUUUUAGCCCUGAAUCAUGGAUUAAAAUAAUAAUGAGCACAAGUUCGAGCUGACUGAUUUUAUUUCGAAAAUUAAUCAUGGGAAGAUGCUAAAUUCAGAUUGACUUUCGAACUUAUUGGAGAAAUCAAGCCAAGGCCCAGAAGGCUGUGUAAAUAUUAUAAACGAGUUGGUUUGUCAAUAAAUGAGAUUGAUACAACUUUCA